CUCACUAGUUUGCAGUCAUAGUAAAUGAGAAGAAAGCAAAGAUAAGAGAGCUGAAGGAAAGACCCUUGGCUGCCACUAUGCAUGAUGACAGUGGAGGUCAAAGUUCAAAUCAUAGAAGUGAAGCGAUGAAGAGUGACAGCGAUGACGCGAUGGAUCUAGGAGAUGAUGAUACCGACGAAAAGAGACAGAGAGAGGAAUCCUUACGGAAGAAGCAGAAGAAGACUACAGCGCCCUCUCAGACCAGAACAAAACGGUCAGAUGAUUCGGUUACAUUUGAUGAGGAGUUACCUGAAGACACAACCAGCAAAGCAAGGAGGAGAAGAAGAGAGCCAACAUCUAGAAAGACCGCUACGUCAGAGAAACCUGCCAUCCCUAAAAGUGCCUUCUUCAGGGACUCCUUCAACAUCAAGGGCACCCUCUAUGAGGAAAACUCCAUCGCGAGAGAAGAGUCAGACAGAGACUGAUAAUGUAGAUGAUCUCUUAGAUCAGUUCUGAACAACAAACUGAACAUAUUAAUAGAUACAACUCAUUAUUUGUAAAGAAAAGAUGGAGUUCUUGUAAAAAUGAGGGUUUUUUUCCCUCUUUUUAAGGAGGGAGCUCAGUUUGAAAGAAUAUCAUAAAAGGUAUCUUUCUACAAAUGUCCCCUGAAAAUGAUAUCUCUUCACAUUCAAAUGACCUCAUAUUUAAAUAAGACAUGAAAUAGCUGAAAAUUCUGGACCAAACUUUUGUGGUACAUGUGUAUUUGUCCCACAUACUCAUUUCUAUGUGCAGUGCAUGUAAGAUCUUUAUCAGUUUUAUAUCACAUGGCUUUCUUCAGACCCUUGCAAUAUACAUGUACAUAAACUCUUACAUGCUUUUUCAUAAUGUGAUCAAAUUUAAUGCACAAAUCUUUGUUAAGUGCCUCAUUUGAAAUGAUUUAUUUCACCUGUUAUGAAUAAUUGUAUUUCAAUUGAUGCUAUGUAGGACAAACAUUGUGGCUGGUCCUUACCUUACACAAAGUAAUAUAUGCAAUUUGUUUGUAACAGGUGAAUGAAUGCAUUAAUUUGAUUACAGUACGAAAAUGGCCAUCCUAGUUGUUGGCAGGUCCUUUUGUAAUGUAAACACAAGACCAGUACUCAGAUUUAUCUUUUAAGGAAAGAUUGUAGCAGGGAACCUUGAAAAGUGAUAUUGCAAUUAUCCUGCUAGUCUUGUUUCGUCUUGUUUGUAACCAUUUCACUUAAUCCAAAGUGGUCUUUAACUAUUAAUAAGGAACGAUCUAGUUUCUGUAAAUUCCAUGUAUUCCAUGUAUAUUUGUUGUCAUAGAAUCAUAUAUAUAUAUAAUAGUUUUGCCCUUUACCUAGAUACGCCACAGUCAUUUCUGGUAUUACUGUUACUCACUUUGGGAAAAUUAAAGCAGUAAAAGCAUGUUUUGAACAGUAAAAUAUGUACAAAACAUGUUUUUUGUUUAAUUAAUCAAAAAAGUUUUGUUAUCAGAACCCUUGAACAAAUAAUUAUAUUUUCCCUUAAGUAAUUUCCAUGUCCUCUAUAUUUGUUGUCGUAAAGAUUUUAUCAAAUAGAGUGGGACCAGCAAAAUGACUGUGUUUUAAUGAGAGUUUUGUAUAGCAGUGUUCGUUAUAAUACAUGUAGUAGUGGAAGGGAUGUCAUAGUCUGUCGAGUGAGUAAUACAUGUAUUAGCGAGGAAAUGUCCUUGAGCCAUGUAUUCUUAUUGUACCUGCAUUGCUACUCUCUUCUUAGGUGUUAAAUGGGUACGAUGCAAAUGUCAUUGUAGUUGGAUUAGCAUGUGUACUCAUGUAAAAAUGCAACUAGCUGUAAUGCUUCCCAGGGAGUGGAGAAUGUGUACUGUAAUGUACAGAAUAGUAAUGAUCUCAGUGACAAAGUAAGAAAAAUACUCCAAGCACUUUGGUAAAUUAAUGGUAAAGCACUUUGUAAAGAAACUACAUGUAAUAGUAAACACUCAUCAAAAAAGUUGGUUUGAUCAUUUAGGAAGUAAUGUAAGCAGGAUUUUCCUUCUAAGGUUUUGAGUAACUAUUUCUACUCGAUUGAUAAUGAUUUCAUUAUAAAAUUAUAUUUUUUUGCAUGCAGUCGGUGCUCAAAAGAGUAUUUUAAAAAUCGUGUAAAUAGCAAUAUAUCACAAGCUAAAUUUCGGCUACGUGUGGUUGACGAAAUACUCAUCAUUCAUGUCCCCUUUACUAGAAAAUAUAUGAAUAAGUAUAAAGACCCUUGUGCACACAGAUUCAUCAUGACACUUUUUUGUAUGCACCUUUGCAGCUGUGGAAGUGUGUCAUUCAAUGUGAUGAUGUUGAUAAAGGUGGCCCAUAAAAUAAUGCUUUUGGAGAUAAAAGU